GCCUAGCUAGCUUACUAGCUCAUGACAUUUGCCCUCUCUGGUGCGAACACUCUCUCUCACACUGGGACACACAUUAAUCACACACAGUAAUCGCAAUGGGUAAUCGGAGGUUCACUCAGAUGCCGCCGAGCGAUGACGAGGACGACGGGCCACCGCCACCACCUCCGCCGCCGCGGCGGAGCUCAGCGAACGGUGACGACGAGAAAACGAACCAAAGGAAGCGGAAGAAAAUGAAGCUCGUCGACGAAGCAGAAGAUGAAGAAAAGCAAGUGAAGGAAGACAGUGUCAGAGAUAGGAAGAAGCAAAAGAAAGUGAUCAAAGAAGAAGAAGCAACUGCGGCUGAGCCUAGCGGUGAUGAGGAGGAGGCUCCUCAGGAGGACGCCAAGCCUAUUGGCGAUGUAAUUAGGGCUUCGGGAAAAGGAAGAGGGAGGAGGAAUCACUAUGAGGCCUUCGAAUAUGAUGGAAUGCGAUAUGAUUUGGAGGAUCCUGUGCUCUUAGUGCCUGAGGAAGCAAAUCAGAAGCCUUAUGUGGCCAUUAUCAAGGACAUAUCUCAGACAAGAAAUGGGAGCUUGAUGGUCACUGGGCAAUGGUUUUAUCGUCCUGAAGAGGCAGAAAAGAAAAGUGGUGGUAAUUGGCAAUCCACUGAUACGCGAGAGCUGUUUUAUAGUUUUCACAGGGAUGAGGUCCCAGCAGAAUCUGUCAUGCACAAGUGUGUGGUGCAUUUUAUACCUCUGAACAAGCAGAUUCCCCCACGGAAGCAACAUCCAGGUUUCAUAGUGCAAAGGGUAUACGACACUGAACAAAGAAGGCUUUUCAAGCUUACAGAUAAAGAUUAUGAAGACAACAAACAGGAAGAGAUUGAACUCCUUGUUCAGAAGACAAUGUCACGCUUGGGAGAUCUUCCUGACAUCGAGCCAGAGGAGGCAGCUACUGAUCAGGAACAUCAGUUGAGAAACAAAAGACUGUUGAGGAAGAAGAGCAUGACUCAGUUGGAUGUUUCCCGAGAGGAUGAAGCAUCUACAAGAUCUGGGCAGUCUUUUAAAGCUGAGACUCCAGGAAGUUGUGCUAGUAAUGCAUCAGAAUAUUACACCAUUCUUUCAAGCUUAAAGGCCCUGACUGGUGAAACACAGCGGGACAAGUGGUUGGAAAGGCUGCUUCAAUCGAUUCAGUUUAUAUGCACUACCGCUGAUGGGGGUCCGGGUGAUGGAAAGGGGCUAGCAGCUCCUGCAAAUGGAAAUGAGGUCAAGAAUCUUAAUAGUGGUUUGCCUUUUCACUGGCCGGACAGCGCUGUUGCUGCUAUAGCUGCUCUUGAAAAGGCUUCUCAUGAAGCUUUAUCCUCAGACUUUCAGAAGUAUAACCAAAAGAUGCGGCAAUUGGCUUUCAAUCUUAAGAACAAUGCAGUUUUAGCAGGACGACUUCUGAAGGGAGAGUUGGAGCCUUCACAAAUAUUGAGCAUGACACCUAAUGAGUUAAAGGAGGGUUUGACAGCAGAGGAGAUAGCGAGUAGGAAGCCUGAGGAGUCAGAACACAGGCAGAUGACAGAUGCUCGCUGCAAAAGGUGCAUGGAGAAGAAAGUGGUUCUUAUAGAUAUAAUUCAGACUGGCCAUGGAGAUCGUUAUCAGCUGGAGUGCAAUGCUUGUGGCAACAACUGGUAUGCUUCAAGUGAUGAAGUAUCUACGUUGACGAUAGAUGAGCCAAGUUCUGCGAGGACUGUUGGAACUGUACCUUUGGCGACUGCCAAGUUCGAAGAUGUGGAAAAGAAGUUGGUUAGUCCUCGUAGACAUGACAAGUCAGCCGAUGAUGGGUUUAAGAAGACGAGUGAAGCUUUUGUGCCCGUGCUGGACAGCCAGAAAUAGUCAUGGAAGCCUGCCUAAAAGUAUAUAUAAAUUAUUAUGAUACUCUACUAGAUACUAAUGGUGCUACGCGAAUUUUUAGGAUUUUUCUUGUCUAUGAGAUUGGCCCGCGUUAGAGACUAGUUUGGAUGGGUAAUCAUGCCUAGGUGUAUUAUAUAUAGACAUAGCAAAUGUAACACGCGGGAACCUUUGCAUAGUGGAGCUUUAGGCUUAUAUAGGAAUAGGAGGAGGAUGUUUGUCUAGUGAGUAAAUCCAUAGGUGAGAGCUUUGGUUAUUAUUAUGGUGUACAAAGUGGGCAGCGUGUUUUUA